AAUUUAUAUAUCAGUAUCACAAAUUCCUCCACCGUUAGGGCUGAAGAAGAAAAUAAAGGGGCUUUCUUUCAUCUCUUAGGAAAAGAAAAAAAAAAAAAAAAGAAAAAACAAUGGGUGGAGGCAAUGCGCAGAAGGCAAAGAUGGCUCGCGAGAAGAAUUUGGAGAAGCUCAAAGCUGGUGGAAAAGGAAGUCAGCUUGACGCUAACAAGAAGGCCAUGUCCAUCCAGUGCAAGAUUUGCAUGCAAACUUUCAUUUGCACUACUUCAGAGGCGAAAUGCAAGGAGCAUGCCGAAGCUAAACAUCCAAAGGCAGAACUCUUGACUUGUUUCCCCCACCUCAAGAAAGAAUAAACAGAAAAACGGAGAAGAAAAGAUCGAAUAUUUGGAUUUCAACUAUAUGUCUCUUUAUCUGUCAAUGUGUUUAGUUUUAAAAGCUGUUUCGGUAUUAUUAUUUGAUACUGAGAUGAUAUUUAUCAUGUCCUAAACUUUUUGAUGGUCAAGUGUAUUUUGAACUCCGUUUAUUAUAAUAUGGUUCGUAUUAUCUUUGUCUAUUA